AGUCGUUGCUAGCAGCUCGGAACGGGAGGAUGGCCAGCGCAGUGGAUAUGUCAGGCCUGCUCGUGGCCAAAAUAGUAGCCAUGGUAGUGCUGGUGGUGAUUACUGUGCUCUGCGGCAGCCUGCCGUACAUCCUGGACCGCUGGUUAAAGUGGACCAAGAAGAGUCCCGAGGAAACCCGUGCCUCGGCGGUGGUGCGAUGUCUGCUCUUCUUCGGUGGCGGCGUGCUCAUAUGCACCACCUUUCUGCACAUGCUGCCGGAGGUGAUCGAGGUGGUGGAUGCCCUGCAGCAAUGCGGAAUGCUUGCGGUGACGCCGUUCGCCCUGCCCGAGCUGCUCCUCUGCACCGGCUUCUUCCUGAUGUACGCCUUGGACGAGCUAAUGACUGCGUUUGUGCGACGUCACCAGCAAAAGCUCAGCCGGAAGGAGUCACUGGCUAGUGGGGCCUUUGAAAGGGGACACAGCAUACGGCAUAGUGUCCUGCUAAAGGGGAAGGAUACGAUGAGAGAGGAGGUUAUAGUUGCGGAAUCUCAAGCAGUGAGCGAUAAACACGAGCACGGCCACGGGCACUCACAUUUGCCAGUGCCAACCGGGGAAGGAUCCUCGGCCCGGGGACUGGGCAUUAUCCUGGCACUGUCCCUGCACGAGCUUUUCGAAGGAAUGGCCAUCGGUCUGGAGAACAGUGUGAGCACGGUUUGGUUUAUGUUCGGCGCAGUGGCCGCCCACAAGCUGGUCUUGGCCUUCUGUGUUGGCAUGGAGCUGCUGGUGGCCCGAACCCGCGGCUCUCUGGCCAUUGUCUAUUUGGUAACCUUCUCGAUUGUCACGCCCAUUGGUAUUGGGGUGGGCCUUGGCAUAAGCGAGCAGGUGGUGGCGGGCCAACCCAGUCUGCCCUCGGGAGUGCUCCAGGGCAUCGCUUGCGGAACCCUGCUGUACGUGGUAUUCUUCGAGAUUCUCACCGAGAAUCACGCGGGAUGGCGAGCCCUUAUCUCAGCCCUGGCUGGUUUCAGUCUCAUGUUCGGACUGCAAAUUCUGUCUGAUGAAGCGGAAGGUGAUGACAGCCUCUCCUGUUCCUAAGCCAUGCAACGCCACUUCAACAGGAACCCCCCCCCUGGUUCCUUUAUUUUUGUUUUAAUGAGUCUUUUUUUUUUAGUUAAUUAAUUAUUGUAUAAUAAGACUGGAUUAAUUUUGUUUUAUUAAGGUAUUGAACUGCUCUCUUUGUGAUGCUGUAGGAAAGAGAUUCCGCCUCUCUUUAAUAGAUGAGAGAUCUACAUCGAUGGCUGCAGCAGGGCUUGUAAGUGACCCUGUGCAGGUACUGAAACUGCUACUCCUUCUCCUCCUCGUAUUCCGGAAGCACAGAACAGCAACAACCAGCGCCGGGAUCCAGCCAACGACAACGUUGACUCAAUGUCACUCACUCCAGUUUAGAGGCUGCAAUUAAAACUGGCAUCUCUGGACUUUAUUA